GCGCCCAGAGAUCACUAGAGUCUUUCAGCACCAACUCCCGCAGUCUCUUCCAUGUUUCCUGAAAACCCGAAGCACAGCCAGCCCAGUAACCCACGUACUUCCGGUCUCAAACCAGCCCCAAACACCCAAGUGCCCCAGCGCCUCAUCCCCCAGGUCCGAAGAUAGCCGAAUAUCUCCGAUUAUGGUUAAACCCGAUUCGAGGGCUUCCGAAUAGAUUCGAUCAAAGCCUCGGCAAGACGAAAACAAACGAGCCUGAACGCAAAACGGGAGGGGGCGGCGGCUGGGUAAAUAGAAAGAGCCGAUUGGUACCGAUGUGGAGACGGAAACGACCGAACAGUUCCGGAGGAACCCGGGGAAUUCUGAGCAGUAAUAGAGGGGUAGACUAUGGCAGUGGGCGGAGCCAAUUCGGUACGUUCGAAGGGCGUUAGCGGAAAUUACCGAAGAUGCCCGAAGCCGUCGGGACGGACCCGAGUACCUCACGCAAGAUGGCGGAGCUGGAGGAGGUGACUCUGGACGGGAAGCCUCUUCAGGCUCUGCGGGUGACCGACCUGAAGGCCGCACUGGAGCAGCGAGGCCUAGCCAAGAGCGGGCAGAAGAGUGCCCUGGUCAAGCGGCUCAAAGGGGCUCUAAUGCUAGAAAAUUUACAGAAACACUCAACACCCCAUGCUGCAUUCCAGCCAAAUUCACAGAUUGGGGAGGAGAUGAGCCAGAACAGUUUCAUCAAGCAGUAUCUGGAAAAGCAGCAGGAGCUCCUGAGGCAGCGUCUAGAACGUGAAGCUCGAGAGGCUGCAGAGCUUGAAGAAGCUGAGUCGGAGGACGAGAUGAUCCAUCCUGAGGGAGUGGCUUCCCUGCUGCCUCCUGACUUUCAGAGCAGCCUGGAGAGACCAGAGCUGGAACACAGCAGACAAUCGCCCAGAAAGAGCUCCUCUUUCUCUGAAGAAAAAGGUGAAUCUGAUGAUGAGAAAACAAGAAAAGGAGAAAGACGAUCAUCCAGGGUUAGACAGGCAAGAGCAGCUAAACUCUCUGAGUGCAGCCAGGCUGCAGAGGAAGAAGAGGAUCAAGAAACACCAUCUAGAAACCUGAGGGUCAGAGUAGAUCGAAAUUUAAAAAUAGAGGAGGAAGAAGAGGAGGAGGAAGAAGAUGAUGAUGAUGAUGAUGAUGAAGAGGAAGAAGAGGUAGAUGAGGGACAGAAAUCUAGAGAGGCAGAGGCACCAAUCCUGAAACAGUUUGAGGAUGAAGAGGGAGAAGAGAUUCCUAGAGCAAAACCAGAAAAGGUGGUAGAAGAGAAACCCCAAUUCAUAACAUCCCAGGAAAAUGAUGGGUUAGAGAAAGGAGGGCGAGUUACAAGAUCCCAGGAAGAAGCUAGAAGAAGUCACCUGGCCAGACAGCAGCAAGAGAAAGACACAGAAGUAGUUUCUCCCUUUCAGGAAGCAAAUGAGGUAAAGUCUUCACAAGGCUUGGAGGAACGAUCACAGUCUCCUUCCCCGCCUCCGCUUACCGAAGACCUAGAGAAGACCCCUAUUGUGCCAGAGCAGACAGCCAGUGAAGAGGAAACUCCCCCACCGCUACUUACCAAGGAAGCGUCAUCUCCUCCAACUCAUAUACAACUCCAGGACGAGGAAGAGAUAGAGCCAGUGGAAGGUCCAGCACCCCCUGUCCUCAUUCAGUUAUCGCCUCGUAAUACAGAUCCUGAAAGUCGGGAGCUGAUAAUGUCUCCACAUCCUGUCCAUCUGGUAAGAGGCCUGUCUCCUUUGUCCAGUAUUCCAGACACCAAAGCAGAAUCUCCAGCAGAGAGAGUGCCAGCUGAGAGUGUCCUGCCUCUGGCUCAGAAAAGCUCACUGUCUGAAUACUCAGCCCAGAAAAGUCUUGAAACUGAACCUGAAAAAUCUGCUCACCCCCUGCCUCCAGCUAUAGAGGAAUUAGUACCCACCAAAGGGACCACUGAGGAGCCUGUGAAAAAGCAGUCUUCGGAACAGAAGGGGGACAGAAGAGCACCCCCCACUCUCUUCCCAGACCAUGAUUUGAAACAAUCAGCCGACUCGUCCUCUAGCCGGUCCUCUUCACCUUCAUCCUCCAGCUCUAGGUCCAGGUCCAGAUCUCACUCACCUGACAGUUCAGCCUCCCACCCACAGUCAUCUCCAAGAUCUAAACAGAGAGAUGCAUCCCAAGCUCGAGUUCACGCCAGCCCUCAUGAUAGACCCAAGAUGGGCUCCAGGUCAACAUCAGAGUCCAGGUCACGGUCCAGAUCCCGUUCCCGUUCAGCAUCAAGCAGCAGCAGAAAGUCUCUGAGCCCUGGAGUCUCCAGAGACAGCAACACCAGCUACACUGAAACCAAAGAUCCCUCUUGUGGUCAGGAAGCUCCACCAGUGCCACAGCUGCAGGUCCUUGAACCAAAGGAGAAGACUCCCACGUCCUCAGCCUCUGUCCGGGGGAGGCAUCUGAGCCAGACUGAGCCAGAGCAAAAGCGUGUGAUCCAGAAGUUACAGCCUGAGCAGGGGAGCCCAAAGAAGUGUGAAGCUGGAGAGGCAGAGCCACCAGCUGCCACACAGCCUCAAACCUCAGAGACUCAGAUCUCUCAUCUACCAGAAUCAGAAAGGAUUCUUCACACUGUUGAAGAGAAGGGGGAAGUGACCAUGGACACAAGUGAAAACAAACCUGAAAAUGAGGUUCCAGAGCCUCCUAUGCCUAUUGCAGACCAAGUCAGCAAUGAUGACCGCCCAGAGGGCAGUGCUGAAGAAGAGGAGAAGAAAGAGGUCCUUCUUCCCCGUAAAACUUUGUCCAAGUACCUCAUGUACGGUAAUCCGCCCGUAAAAUAUAACCCUGCCCAACUGGCCAAUCGAGGCCAUCUAACUGUUGGGUCCUAUUAUUUCUUGGGGACAGCAGCUACCAAGGGUGUGCAAGCCGGAAACAGUGACACAGAGGGGGGCCAGCCUGGUCGAAAGCGCCGUUGGGGAGCCAGCACCGCCACCACCCAGAAGAAACCUUCCAUCAGCAUCACUACCGAGUCACUCAAGAGCCUCAUCCCCGACAUCAAACCCCUGGCGGGGCAGGAGGCUGUUGUGGAUCUUCAUGCUGACGACUCCCGGAUCUCUGAGGACGAGACAGAGCGGAAUGGUGACGAUGGAACCCAUGACAAAGGACUGAAAAUAUGCCGAACUGUCACUCAGGUAGUGCCUGCAGAGGGCCAGGAAAAUGGGCAGAGGGAAGAGGAAGAAGAAAAGGAGCCUGAAGCAGAGCCCCCUGUACCUCCCCAGGUGUCAGUAGAGGUGGCCUUGCCUCCACCUGUGGAACAUGAAGUGAAGAAAGUAACGUUAGGAGAGACCUUAACCCGGAGGUCCAUUAGCCAGCAGAAGUCUGGAGUUUCCAUUACAAUUGAUGACCCAGUCCGGACUGCCCAGGUGCCCUCCCCACCCAGGGGCAAGAUCAGUAACAUUGUUCAUAUCUCCAACUUGGUUCGUCCCUUCACUUUAGGCCAGCUGAAGGAGUUACUGGGGCGGACAGGAACUUUAGUAGAAGAGGCCUUCUGGAUUGACAAGAUCAAAUCUCAUUGCUUUGUAACGUACUCAACAGUAGAGGAAGCCGUUGCCACCCGCACAGCUCUUCAUGGGGUCAAGUGGCCCCAGUCCAACCCCAAAUUCCUUUGUGCUGACUAUGCUGAGCAAGACGAGCUGGACUAUCACCGGGGACUCCUGGUUGAUCGGCCUUCUGAAACGAAGACAGAGGAUCAGGGAGCACCAAGGCCCCUGCACCCCCCACCUCCACCCCCAGUCCAGCCACUACCCCACCCCCGGGCAGAGCAACGGGAGCAGGAACGAGCUGUGCGGGAGCAGUGGGCAGAACGGGAGCGAGAAAUGGAACGUCGGGAGAGAACUCGGUCUGAGCGAGAAUGGGAUCGGGACAAAGUUCGAGAGGGUCCCCGCUCCCGAUCACGGUCCCGUGACCGCCGCCGCAAAGAGCGUGCAAAAUCUAAAGAGAAGAAGAGUGAGAAGAAAGAAAAGGCUCAGGAGGAGCCACCUGCCAAGUUGCUGGAUGACCUUUUUCGUAAGACUAAGGCAGCUCCCUGCAUCUAUUGGCUCCCACUGACUGAAAGCCAGAUUGUUCAGAAGGAGGCAGAGCAGGCUGAACGGGCCAAGGAGCGGGAAAAGCGGCGAAAGGAACGAGAGGAAGAAGAACAGAAGGAGCGGGAGAAGGAAGCUGAGCGGGAACGGAACCGACAGCUAGAACGGGAGAAGCGAAGAGAGCACAGCAGGGAAAGAGAGAGGGACAGGGAGCGAGAGAGGGAUAGGGGUGACCGAGAUCGGGAUAGGGAACGAGAGCGAGACCGAGGCAGAGAGAGGGACCGCAGAGACACCAAGCGCCACAGCAGAAGCCGGAGUCGGAGUACACCUGUACGGGACCGGGGUGGGCGCCGCUAGCUGAGAAAAACUAGGAGAGCUGCAGGUACCUGCCACUCUGCCCGGGGAGGUUAAAGGCCACAGAGGGAUAGGUACAAUCACCACCACCCUGGAACCAAGGGUCUCACACCAUUGCUCAGUGCUGAACUAUAACUGCCACCCAUCCCCACAUACCAAAUGGAGCAGUGGCAAUCUCUCCCCAACCUAUCUCUUGGAACUUAGCCCUCUCCUUUCUUCCCAUUAAGUGUUGAGAGGGAAGAGCUAGGUUAUGGAGGGAAGGGUUUGGCCGGAAAUGGGAAUAGCCAAGUGCCCCAGACCUUUUAUUUUCCCUCCGUUCUGCUUUCCACCUCCCUUGGGUACUCACGCACAGCCUCUUGGGAACAGCCGGGGCCGGGACUGGGUCACCUAUGAGCUGAAUCAGCCUCCUCCUGAGUCCCAGGGCCCCUGCAGUUCCCAGUCUCUGUUGCUCUGCAGCCUCUUGCCCUCUGGUUCCACUUUAUAUCCACCUUUUCCUUUUGUUCAAUUUUUAUUUUUAUUUUUUUUUAUUAUUAAAUGAUGUGGUCUAUGGAAAA